AUGAGGAUCGCCGUCGAGGGCUGCUGCCACGGCGAGCUGGACAAGAUCUACGCCGCCCUCGCGCACCUGGAGAAGGUCGAGAACGUCAAGGUGGACCUGCUGAUAUGCUGCGGCGACUUCCAGGCGGUGCGCGACGCGCGCGACCUGGAGUGCAUGAGCAUCCCGGACAAGUACAAGACGCUCGGCACCUUCCACAGGUACUUUAGCGGCGAGCGCAGGGCGCCCGUACCGACGCUGUUCAUAGGCGGGAACCACGAGGCGAGCAACUACCUCUGGGAGCUCUACUACGGCGGGUUCGUCGCGCCGGACGUCUAUUACCUCGGGCACAGCGGCGUGGUGCGGUUCGGCAACUUGCGCGUCGGCGGCCUGAGCGGCAUCUUCAAAGGGAACGACUACCGCAGGGGACACUACGAGCGGCCGCCGUAUAAGCGCGGCGGGGAGGUGAAGAGCGCGUACCACGUCCGUCAGUUCGACGUCGAUAAGCUGCGGUCCGUGCGGGAGCCGAUAGACGUGUUCCUGUCGCACGACUGGCCGCGCGGUAUCAGCAGGUACGGCGACCAGGCGGAUCUCAUCCGCAAGAAGAGGUUCCUGGCGGAUGAGCUGCGAGAAAACUCCCUGGGCUCGCCCCCCGCGGAGGAGCUCCUGCACGCGUUGAAGCCGAGGUACUGGUUCAGCGCGCACCUCCACGUCAAGUUCGCCGCGAUGGUGCGCCACGGCGACGGCAGCGCCACGCGAUUCCUCGCCCUCGACAAGUGCCUCCCCCGCCGAGACUUCAUGCAGAUCGUCGACGUGCCCGAUCGAGACCCGACCGGCGGGUUCCGGCUCGACAGGGAGUGGCUGAGCAUACUGA